GCCCGCCGGGAGGGACAGGAGGGCGGGGCGCGCCCCGCGCAAGGUGGAGGCAGCCACCUGGGCGCCCGCGCGCGGGGCGGCGCUAGGACCCGAGCGGCGCACCUGUUGGCCGGCGCCCCGGGCCCCGCCCGCCCUCCGCCCGGAGUGCCCGGCCCGGCUGGAGCGAGAGCGGCGGGGACAGUGCGAGCCGAGGGCAUCGGCGUGGCGGCGGCGGCGGCGGCGGCGCGCGGCCCCGGGCUCACCAUGGCCGAGCUGCUGCGGAGCCUGCAGGAUUCCCAGCUCGUCGCUCGCUUCCAGCGCCGCUGCGGGCUCUUCCCGGCGCCGGAGGAAGGCCCCCCGGAGAACGGCGCGGACCCCGCGGAGGACGCGGCGCGGGCGCUGGGGCUCCGGCAUCUGUCUGACGCCAACGGCAAGGGCGGCGGGGGGCCGGCCAACGGGCUGCGGAGAGUCUCGGCCCCGCAGGCUUCUGUACAGAAGUACAUUGUGAAGAAUUAUUUCUACUAUUACCUAUUCAGAUUCUCAGCCGCUUUGGGUCAAGAAGUGUUCUACAUCACCUUUCUUCCGUUCACGCACUGGAAUAUUGAUCCUUAUUUAUCCAGAAGACUGGUCAUCAUAUGGGUUUUGGUGAUGUAUAUUGGCCAGAUGGCCAAGGACAUCCUGAAGUGGCCCCGCCCCUUCUCCCCUCCCGUCGUGAAACUGGAGAAGAGAGUGAUUGCUGAGUAUGGAAUGCCAUCUACCCACGCCAUGGCGGCCACCACCAUUUCCUUCACCCUCCUCAUCUCUACGAUGGACAGAUACCAGUAUCCCUUUGUUCUGGGGUUGCUGAUGGCUGUGGUGUUUUCCACCUUGGUGUGUCUCAGCAGAGUCUACACUGGGAUGCACACGGUCCUGGAUGUGCUGGGUGGCAUCCUGGUCACCGCGGUCCUCAUUGUCCUCACCUACCCCGCCUGGACCCUUAUCGAUCGCCUGGACUCGGCCAGCCCCCUCUUCCCCGUCUGUGUCAUCGUGGUGCCAUUCUUCCUGUGUUACAACUACCCCGUGUCCGACUGCUACAGCCCAACCCGAGCGGACACCACAACCAUUCUGGCCGCGGGGGCGGGCGUGACCUUAGGGUUCUGGAUCAACCACUUCUUCCAGCUCGUGUCCGCGCCCGCCGAGUCCCUCCCUGUCAUUCAGAACAUCCCGCCGCUCACCACCGACAUGGUAGUUUUGGGUCUGACCAAAUUCGUCGUGGGAAUCGUGCUGAUCCUUCUGGUCCGCCAGCUUGUACAGAAUCUCUCGCUGCAAGUGCUAUACUCGUGGUUCAAGGUGGUCACCAGGAACAAGGAGGCCAGGCGGAGACUAGAGAUCGAAGUGCCUUACAAGUUCGUCACCUACACAUCUGUGGGCAUCUGUGCCACAACCUUUGUGCCAAUGCUGCACAGGUUUUUGGGAUUGCUCUGAACCUCAAAUGGUUGGGAAGUAGCCCACCGGGCAGGAGAGCCAAAACAGGAAAGUAGUUGGGUGGGCAAGUUUCGACCACACGUUUUUCUUAAAAAA